AGAAAAACAUUUCCAUUGCUAUAAACUACGUUCAUAAGAAAACCGCCAAAACCACCCUUCUUCCGCCGACCACCACCGCCCCCGUCGCCGGAGCUACCGGUCAUAAGUCACGAAUCUAGAAAGCAUAACUCAUUUAUAUACUCCUGUUGAAAAGGGAAGCGCGUACGGACAUAUAUAGAGUAAGAGAUCGAGUUUAGAGGGGGAAAAGGAGUCUGUUUAAAUAAUCUCAUGGCAUGGUUGAGUUGCAGGAUUGGAAGUAACGGUGACGGAGUCAUUGUACUGACUCCGAGGCAAUGAAGAUUAUGCGAUCCUGUGGUCGGUAUCUUCUUCUGCUUUUGGUCCUUUUUAUUCAAAAAGGCUAUGUGACAGCUAAAGCUUUCACAGGGACCUAUGGUAUAAACUAUGGAAGAAUAGCAGAUAAUAUCCCUUCUCCUCACGAAGUUGUUACUCUACUUAAAGCUUCUAAGAUAAAGAAUGUGCGAAUUUAUGAUGCUGAUCACAGUGUUCUUAAUGCAUUUAGUGAGAGUGGGCUAGAUUUGGUGGUUGGACUUCCAAAUGGAUUGGUGAAAGAAAUGAGUGCCAAUGCCGAUCAUGCCCUGAACUGGGUUAAAGAAAAUGUUCAGGCAUACUUUCCCAAGACACAUAUUGUUGGCAUUGCUGUGGGAAACGAAGUUCUGGGAGGAGGUGAUCUAGAUCUUCAAGAAGCUCUAUACGGGGCGGUCAAAAAUAUUUACAAAGCCACACAAAAGCUGCAACUGGACGAUGUGGUUCAGAUAUCAACUGCACAUUCACAAGCCGUUUUUGCUAAUUCCUAUCCUCCAUCUUCUUGUACUUUUAAGGAGGAUGUUGCUCAGAACAUGAAGAAGUUAUUGGAUUUAUUUUCACAAAUGGGUUCCCCAUUUUGUUUGAAUGCUUAUCCUUUUUUGGCUUACAUGGGUAGUCCAAAUGAGAUUGACAUAAACUAUGCUCUUUUUAACCCAACUGAUGGAAUAUAUGAUGAGAAAGUAGGUCUUCAUUAUGACAACAUGCUUGAUGCUCAGAUUGAUGCAACUUAUGCUGCUCUCGAAGAUGCUGGAUUUAAGAAGAUGGAGGUUAUAGUGACAGAGACAGGUUGGGCUUCUCAUGGAGAUCCAAAUGAGAGUGCAGCAACACCAAGAAAUGCAAGGACUUACAAUUACAAUUUGCGGAAAAGGCUUGCCAAGAGGAAGGGAACUCCGCGAAGGCCGAAUUUUAUAUUGAAGGCUUAUAUUUUUGCUCUGUUUAAUGAGAAUUCAAAGCCUGGUCCAACUUCUGAAAGGAAUUUUGGACUGUACAAACCUGAUGGGAGAAUCUCAUAUAAUAUUGGCUUUCCUGCACAGAAGUCUUCGUCUGCAACUUCAUCUCUUUUAUCAGUAAAGGAUUUUGGAGGCCAACAGCAGCAAUGGUGGUAUGUAUGGGUGUGGAGUAUGUGUGCAUCAGUGCUGUUUCUCUUUUCAAGGUUAUGAUCCUUUUUGUUUUUCCUGUCUGUAUAAUAAGAAAACUACUGUAUGUAGGUUUACUACAGAUAUAAUUAUUAUUGUUACUAUUUUACCCCUUUCAUCCAAUCACAUGUUUUUGACAAACACCAAA